GUGGGUGCUGCAGCAGCGUUGUGUUCAGUGCAGUCAGCUACUGAACAGUCCAACAAUCCAAAGGUGUUCCAGUGAGGUCUCCUGUUCUGGGAUACGGAUGAGCUGGUUUGCGCUUCUCUUGGCAGAGAGAAACUAUUUGGGCUCCGUGUAAAGAAAAUGGAUAAAUUUGGAAAGCAUGGGAGAACUGGAUUUGUUAGGACUCGGAUUCCUAGACCCCAGGUCGUAUUGCAGCCAGUCCAGUCGUCUGGGCACUCAGGUGUUUGCAGAAAUUGUCCUUGCAAAAUGAGCUGCUUUCCUCAGAAGACCUCCUUGGAGCUCCUGCAUCCGGAAUGCAGGCAUUCCAGGGCAGACUCCUCGAGCAACUUAUCAAUGGAUACCUUUUGGCUAGAGGUGGAAAGCAUCAAAGAGAGUACUGAAUCUGAGCCGGAAGAGUGCAACCUUAUGGAUGCCAAACCCCCAGAAGAAGGAGAAGCUGAAGCCGAAUGGCUGCAAGACGCAGGGCUCUCCGACUUGAUUGGGGACCAUACUGUGGAGAAUGGCAACUAUGUCCUGCUUUCGACAUUGACCAAGACUCAGGCGGCAGCUGUACAGCGAAGGUUGGAUACUUAUACCCGCUCCCGGCGGAAGAAGAACAAGCAACCUGUCCGUGAUGUCAGAGACAUUUUUGGAGUGGUUGGCUCUGGGGAGACCGAACCAGGAAUGGACUCAGAAAUGGAUCGAUCACACCGCAGGUCGGCAUCAUCAAACAACAUUCAGAAACCAGAUACAGUGGAAAUCCAAGACUUCCCAUCACCAUUGAGGGGUUCUGCAAGAGAAGAGUUAUUCAGCAUGGAAAUAGCGUAUUCAGAGCAGGCGGCCAUCCUUCUCAAAGGAUCAUUCUCAAGGGAAUCUAGGAGGAUCAAGGAUGAGAGCUUUUUACCUAAAUUUAAGAUCGCUAAAGGCAGGCUGGGAGUGACCAGGAUAGGAGAUCUAUCUCUGCAGGAUAUGAAGAAGAUGCCCACAUUGGCACUCAUUGAGCUAACUGCUCUCUGUGACGUCCUCGGCUUGGAGCUGAAGAGAAACAAGGCAACAAAACGGAAGGCAGCAGAGCACAAGCUUUUUGGAGUUCCCCUUGGCAUUUUGUUAGAAAAUGAUCAGAAGCUCCUCCCUAAUACCAGAGUUCCAUUAAUUCUGCAAGCGUUACUGUCAUGUUUGGAAAAGAAAGGGCUGGACACGGAAGGAAUUCUGAGAGUUUCAGGAUCCCAGAGCCGCAUUAAGAGUCUGGAACAAAAACUAGAAAGCGAAUUCUAUACUGGCUUCUUCCAGUGGGAUGAGGUCCACCAGAAUGAUGUGUCCGGCUUGCUGAAGAGGUUCAUACGGGAACUCCCCACUCCUUUGUUGACAGCGGAAUACUUGCCUGCCUUCGCAGCCGUGCAAAAUAUCCCAGAUCUGAAACAGAGGCUGCAGGCUCUCAAUCUCCUUAUACUGAUUUUGCCGGAACCCAACCGAAACACCCUGAAGGCCCUGUUGGAGUUUCUGAGGCUAGUGGUUACCAAGGAAAGGAAAAACAAGAUGAAUCUCUGGAAUGUUUCCACAGUCAUUGCUCCAAAUCUCUUCAUGCACAAGGGGUUGCCCAACAAGAUCCCGGAAGGGAAGGAGAAACAGCUGGCAGAGGGUGCGGCCGACAUUGUGCGGAUGAUGAUCCAUUACCAAGAUUUGCUCUGGACUGUUGCGUCUUUCUUGGUAACUCAAGUGAGAAAAAUGAAUGAGAGCAACAGCAGGAGGUACCAGUUCUACGACAGGAGGAUCAAAAACCUGUUAAGGAAGAUUCACGUGGAUAAGGAAAAGACAGAGAAGAACCACGGCGAACCUUCCAAAACAGUGAAAGUCCAGGCGUCCCUGUUCCUAAAGGAUUCUCUGGAAGUUCACUUAACCAAUGGAACCAAAGCUGCCGAUGUCCUGAGGCAGUUCCAGAAGAACCUCUGUCAGAAUGGCUGGAAUAUUGUCAACACAGUCAAUUUGUUCAAAUGUAAUGGUUCGAUGGAUUCGAUGAACCUGUUCCUUUAUGAAGUUGGCGGCAACAUAAGUGAGCAUUGCCUGGAUCCAGACACAUAUCUCUUAGACCUUUAUCAUGUGAACCCCCAUGCAGAAUGGAUUAUAAGGCCAAAUCCAUCUUUUCCAAGAACGUUCUAAGAAGAUGGCCAGGAGUAAAAGCAUCCAGCCACAGAUUCUAUUAAAACAAAAACUUUUUUUUUAAUGGACCAACAGGUUGUGGUGAAAGUAGCAAUUCGUUUUUCAAAGUUAGUAUGAACUUGUAGCCAAGGGAAGAAGAGAAGGGUACAUAUGCCUGUAUUAAUGCUUGUAGUAAAGGAAUUCCAACAAGAGCUGCUGAGGAAGGAAAGAUUAAAAAAACAAAAAGAGUCACAUCCUUGAACGAACUGAUGGUGAUCAUCUGGCUUGGAGGUUUGAUUCAUUUCUUGGAGUCACUUAAGUCCUCACAUUGGAGAAAGGAGACACCAGAGUCUCAAGGUGCUGCAGUUGGUUAACAGCUGGUGAUAUUCAUAAUGUGAAACAUCAUAUUUGGAUUUAA